UGCACUACAGGUCAGCUGCUGAGUCUCGGCUUCAGGGGUCGUGUAUAAUGCGCUUGGCUGAUGAACAAAAAUCACCAGAAGAAGAAAUGAGUUUGGGGGCAGCGUGCAUUUUCUUGCGAGGAGGGAAAAAUAUUUCAAGACAGCUGGAUGAUGAAGAGAUUGAUGAGCUGCGUGAUGCAUUCAAUGAGUUUGAUAAAGACAAGGAUGGGCUGAUCAGCUGUAAGGACCUGGGGAAUCUGAUGAGGACAAUGGGCUACAUGCCCACGGAGAUGGAGCUGAUUGAGCUGAGUCAAAAUAUCAACAUGAACCUUGGUGGAAAAGUGGACUUGGAGGACUUUGUGGAGCUGAUGGCCCCGAAACUUCUGGCAGAAACGGCUGGGAUGAUUGGCAUGAAGGAGCUCAAAGAUGCCUUUAAAGAGUUCGACAUGGACGGAGAUGGAGAGAUCACAACAGAGGAGCUGCGGUUGGCCAUGACCAAGCUGAUGGGAGAGCACAUGAGCCAAAGGGAGAUAGAUGCCAUUGUAAAAGAAGCAGAUGACAAUGGAGAUGGCACAGUAGACUUUGAAGAGUUCGUCAGAAUGAUGUCCAACCAAUGACAAUCGAGGAGACCGUCAAU